AGGAGGGAGAGAGGGAGCAGGUACAGAGUCUGUUGAUGUGGUCGGGGUGUCAGUAGAGAGAGUCAGAGAAGUGGUCAGAGACAGGAAGUGGGAGACAGUGAGGUUAGAGGUAGAGCAGUUUCUGUUAGGACUGAGUGAGAGAGCACAUCUAUACAGUGUGUCCCUAUAUGUGUGUCCUGCAGUAAAGUGGAUGUUUCUCAUUUAAAUGCUUCAGUGACUCCCGGACUCGAACCUUUGUGUUUGUGCACAGUCACGUGGUUUCACGCUUCCUCCUCAGGACCGGUUCAAACCGACAGAAGACAGCGGAGCUUCAGCUGCGGCGCUGCGGGGACGAAGCAGAGCUCAGCCCCGCACAGAGAGAGAGACCCACCGGCAGCUGCUCUCAUCCUCCCCCGGUAUGUCCGCUGUCUUUGUGCCGAGGACCCGCUGCUUCCUCCGGCACGUCCUGCCCGGGCCGCCCGCCGCCAUGCACCGGCUCUACAGCCUGGAUGUGACCGCUCCGCUGCUCCGCACGCAGGGCUACGUGGACGGCCGCUGGAUCUCCGCGGCCUCGGUGUUCCCCGUCCUGGACCCGGCCACCGGGCAGGAGAUCGCCCGGGUGGCGGACUGCGGCCCCGCGGAGGCCAAGCAGGCGGUGGACGCUGCCUACCGGGCGUUCGACGGCUGGAGGCGGCACACAGCCAAGGAGCGGAGCAUCCUGCUGAGGAAGUGGUUCGACCUGAUGACGCUGCACAAACAAGACCUCGCCAAACUGGUCACGUUUGAAUGUGGCAAACCAAUGGCGGAGUCUCUCGGGGAGGUCGCAUACUCCGCCUCCUUCCUGGAGUGGUUUUCAGAGGAGGCUCGGCGAGUUUACGGCGACAUCGUCUCCUCGCCGGCAAAGGACAGGAAGCUCUUCCUCCUCAAGCAGCCGGUGGGCGUCAGCUCCAUCAUCACCCCGUGGAACUUCCCCAGCGCCAUGAUCACCAGGAAGGUGGGAGCUGCUCUGGCCGCCGGCUGCACGGUGGUGGUCAAACCGGCGGAGGACACGCCGCUGUCGGCGCUCGCUCUGGCCGAGCUGGCGGAGCAGGCGGGGAUCCCGGCGGGUGUGUUCAACGUGGUCCCUUGUUCCAGAGAGAGGACUCCGGCGGUCGGGGAGGUUCUUUGCACCGACCCCCUGGUGGCAAAAAUCUCCUUCACCGGCUCCACAGCCACCGGCAAAGUGUUGCUGAAAAUGGCCGCCGACACAGUGAAGAAGACGUCCAUGGAGCUGGGUGGCCACGCCCCUUUCAUCGUGUUCGACAGCGCCGACAUAGACAAGGCAGUGGGCGGAGCCAUGGCCUCCAAGUUCAGGAACUCCGGACAGACGUGUGUGUGUUCAAACCGGUUCCUGGUUCAGAGCGGCAUCUACGAUCGCUUCAUGGAGAAACUGGGCCGAGCGAUGGACACCGAGCUCCGUCUGGGUCACGGCUCGGAGCCCGACACCACCCAGGGGCCGCUCAUCAACAGCAGAGCUGCAGAGAAGGUGGUCCAGCAGGUAUCUGAUGCCGUGUCCCGGGGAGCGAAGGUGUUGAAGGGAGGGAAGCGUCUGGACGGGUCCUUCAUGGAGCCGACUCUGCUCGCCGACGUCACCACAGACAUGCUCUGCACCAGAGAGGAAACGUUCGGCCCGCUGCUGCCGGUCAUCAGGUUUGAUACCGAGGACGAGGCUCUGGCCAUCGCCAACGCGUCCAACGUUGGACUGGCAGGUUAUUUCUACUCGCAGGACAUCAGUCAGAUCUGGCGGGUGGCGGAGGAGUUGGAGGUGGGGAUCGUUGGAGUGAACGAGGGCCUGUUGUCCACCCCGGAGUGCACCUUCGGGGGGGUCAAACAGUCCGGUUUGGGCCGCGAGGGCGCCAAGUACGGCAUCGAGGAGUAUUUAGACGUGAAGUACAUGUGUCUCGGUGGCCUCAAGCUGUGAGGAGGCAGCGCCAGCGUCCAGCCCUGAUCUGUAGAGCCACGUUGUAAUUAACACGUUUUUAAUGGGAACGCUCCUGACAAAUAACAACAGGGUCCAGAGAAAUAUGUUUUGCAGUUAAUCAUGUUUUGAUCAGGGGUGAAUAUUCAGUUCUGUUCUGACUUUGUGCCAUAAUCCCGAUCCACCAAUCAAAACAGGAGGAGUUCAUUCAUGUUCCUAUUGUGAAAUAACAAUAUUUUACUACUCUAACCAGUAGGAGGAGCUGUAGCCUCCCAUUGUUGAUAAGCCCCGCCCCCUCGGUAACUGUUGGCGUCAAGCUUUACAUUCCCACACUGCAUCUGUACUGGUUACCAUGGUAACAGUUUGUAACGGCUACAUACGUGUCAUAAUUUAGUUUUUUGUAAUAGUCCUGUAAAAGAAAUGUUAAAACUAUUUUAUUGGAAGAAGUUUUACUUACUAAUAUUUUGUUGAUUCAUUGAAACCUUUAUUUAUACAGAGGGAAAGCCACUGAGAGCGAGCUCGCUUUCUUUAAUCUCCUGAUUACAAUACAAAUAUACAAAUAUACAGUAAAGGAACAAUUAUUUACAGAUGUAAAACAGAAAUACAGACAUAAGAAACAAUAAAAAGCAGCAAAAGUAAUAAAGGUUUAAAAAGUCAAGACAGUUGUCUCUGGGUUUAACUUCCUGGUUCUGGUUCCCACAACCAGACUUUUUCUAACGGAAACUUUAAACACUACAAACUCGUUACUGCUGCUAGUUAGCCAGCCUGCUCUGCCUAGUAACAGUUGCUAAGCUGUGAUUGGAGAGUGACUUUUUGGGGCGGGGUUUAGUUGAAAACGUUGGUGACGGUUACGUCUUCUCCUCCGUCACCAUCCUCGAAAACAUCUGAUCAAACUUUUAUUUUCUACAAAGUGAACUUCCUGUAUUAGCACAAACUUUUAGUUGUGCUACUGAUAAAACAAAAUACACUAAACCUUACGCUAAAUAGUUUCGUUGGUGUUGAUCUUCCUAAAGUUCUGUCGUAGGAUUAUUUCAGUGAAAACUGUUUUUUUUGUGAUUAAAAUCCUUGAAUAUGCUGAUACAAAAGAAAUAGGAACAAAUUGUAUUUUAUCUCUUGUAUCUCAGUUUAAUGUUUGGACCUUUAGUUCAAAAUGUAGUAUAUGUAUCAGUUUGGGUAAAAUGAUAUGUUGAGUGAAUAUAAACGUUGAACUCGUGGCCUAAUGUGAAGGAUGAAUCAUCUGCAUGCAUCCAGUUUCUAGGACAAAGUCAAUGUCAGUGUUUUUCUGUGUAGAGAUAAAGAAAUAAAUCAAAUUGAAAGAUU